AUGCGCAAAAGGUUUCAUGGUCUCAAGAGAAUAAAACUUCGACAGUCAUGGAAUAAAUACAACCUGUUCAAUCUCUCUCGAGUCGAGCAGCCCAAAAAUAUCGAAAGAACCUUUUUCCAACAGAAAUGGACCGCCAAAGCUUUGACAAGAGCAUACCAUGGCGAAACUAUCAGAGAGAAGCAGUGGACCAGGAUGUUCCGACGAACAAUUCGCUCUGUUGUGCCAAUGGAUUAUAAGAUGCUAGCAGAGAAGGAUGGAUCAGAACAGGCCGAAGGGAGGGGAUCAGGACUUGAUCCACCUCCUGAUCAGAAACCUAAGCCGUUCCCACGGACACCAUACCUCAACAUGACAUAUGCGCCAACCGAGCGGAGGCUGGAUACCGCUAUCUUCAGGGCUCUGUUCGCAAGUAGUACGAGGCAGGCCCGCCAGUUCGUGGUACAUGGAUAUGUCAGAGUCAACGGAAAGGAGAUGAUCUACCCAGGCUAUCAAUUGAACCCAGGCGACAUGUUUCAAGUGGAGCCUGAUCGCGUGCUUUAUGCCACCGGCGCCCCAAAAGAUAGAUUCGAGCGUCGCGCUGGCCGCAAGAUACGGGCCAGAUACUCCAAGAAAGCGUCCAACUCUGAAGGCUCUGAAGAUGCCGAGCCCAAAACGCCCAAGUCAGACCCAUCUCAUGAACCCACCACCACGGACAAAACCCCCAAAGAAAGCCUUCAGUCUCUCCUCAGCCAAGCGAAAGAACUUCUCGCAACUCCUUCAACUUCUCUGACUGCAAAACGAAAGCAAGAUCUCCGCGCCUUUCAAAGGACUGUGAAACGCACCUUAGGCCGCCCCAAGACCCUGACAGCGACCUCGCUCGACAGUCAAUUAGCAGAAAUAGUAGCGCGUAUGACUACAGCACCGAAUACCGGUCUUAAAUCACCGUCACCCCCAACACCAGAAGUACCCGUACUCUCAACGCCCGAACUUCAGGCGGAAGCCGCCACCCUCGACUCUACCCAACUCAAGACUCUCCGCGACGCUCUCAAAGACGCGCGCGAGAACCCUGUGGAUCCAUCAAAACCGUAUGCUACUCCUUGGCGGCCUAGAGAGUGGAUGUCCGCAUUUGCAUUUGUGCCCCGAUACUUGGAGGUGCAUCAGAGAGUAUGCGCGGCGGUGUAUCUAAGGCAUCCGGUUGCGAGACCAGGCUUAGCGGAGGUGCCGACACCUUACGGAACGGAGAUAAAUACUCUAGCUCAUAAUUGGUAUCUACGGCGGAGGUAA